GAGUGCUGGCAGUCGAGGAAUGAGGAUGCUCUGUGGUAUCCCUGGGUGAGCCUAGGUGCCUUUGAGAGGGGGCUGUCAGGGGUCAUGGCACCCUUAUAUGUAACCACAGGCUGUGUGUCUCUAUCUUACUCUGUCCUUGAGCCUGGGAGAUGCAGACCAGGGCGGCACUGUGAAGCCCAUGGUGUCCUCUUCAGGGUGGUCUCCUAUGCCCUGGGGGUUCUUGGGUUCUGGUGUGAAUGGUGGGAGGUUAGGAGGGGGUUGUUCUGGAAAGAUGAGAGGGCCUGACCGCCUCUGAUCAAGCCAGUCAGUGCCAGCUCGCCUCUGAACCCACCCCACUGCUGAGGCCUCUCUGCUCCUCCUGGAGAGGGAAACUGGGAGGAAGGGGAUUCUGGAACUGGAUUGGGCUGACUCAGACCAGAGCUGGGGUGCUGAGUGGCUGAGCUGGGGAGAGGCCGAUUUCAGAGGUGAUUAAAAAUAUCUGUAUGACUGAUUCCAGGGAGGUGAAGCAAAAGGGCCCCUUUGUCCAGGAAAUAAUCCGAGACUGGGCUGUGCUGCAGUGUUGGUGUUGGAGAAAUUCAUGGGGCGGGAGGUGGUCCCCCUCCCACUCCCCUCCUUGGUCCCACUGAGAACCCUGAAACAGAAGAUGUGACUCCACACUGAAGAAGGCAGGGGAGAAGGGGGCACUGAGUCUGUUCAGCGAAGUCUUUUUUAAGUGCAUGCUCAAAUGUCUACUCUGUUCAAGGCACAGCACGAGGUGUUUGCAGGGAUGCUAAGUUAAUAAUACGUCUUGUUCACUACCCUCACACACCUUCCAGCUUGGUAGGGGAGACUCAUGCACAGAAGAGCCCUCAAGGCUCAGAAGACAGCCAGGAAGUGCAGGCUUUAGGGACCCGCGGGAGGGAGAGCCUCUUAGGCAGAGCUGGGUCCCUCUCUUUGCCGUGCUCUUCCCCUUCUCCGCCGUGUAAAAAGUGGCAUGGGUUGCCUGGCUGAAUCUGCACUCGGGGAGGUCAAAGGACAAAUGCAGAACUCUGCUGAGCUUCCUUUAAAUCUGCUGGCCUCCACGGAUCACUGCCCUAGGACUGAGGACCCAGCCGGAGCCUGGCCUGGGAGCCAGCAUGGCCAUCCCCAAAGCCUUGCUGACGUGCCUGGGGCUGCCUGUCUUCCUAAUCGCAGGCGCCCAGGCCCAGAACCACGUGCCACCUGGCUGCAGCCCGGACCUCAACCCCCUGUACUACAACCUGUGUGACCGUUCCGGGGCCUGGGGCAUCAUUUUGGAGGCAGUGGCUGGGGCGGGAGUUGUCACUGCUUUUGUCCUCACCAUCAUCCUUGUGGCCAGCCUCCCCUUUGUGCAGGACACCAAGAAGCGGAGCCUCCUGGGGACCCAGGUCUUCUUCCUGCUGGGGACGCUGGGCCUCUUCUGCCUCGUCUUUGCCUGCGUGGUGAAGCCUGACUUCUCCACCUGUGCCUCUCGGCGCUUCCUCUUUGGAGUCCUGUUCGCCAUCUGCUUCUCCUGCCUGGUGGCGCAUGUCUUUGCCCUCAACUUUCUGGCGCGGAAGAACCACGGGCCGCGGGGCUGGCUGAUCUUCACAGUGGCGCUGCUGCUGACCCUCGUGGAGGUGAUCAUCAACACCGAGUGGCUGAUCAUCACGCUGGUCCGCGGCGGCGGCGAGGGUGGCCCUCUGGGCAAUGACAGUGCCGCCUGGGCCACGGCCUCCCCCUGCGCCAUUGCCAACAUGGACUUCGUCAUGGCGCUCAUCUACGUCAUGCUUCUGCUGCUGUGUGCCUUCACGGGGGCCUGGCCUGCCCUGUGUGGCCGCUUCAAGCGCUGGCGGAAGCACGGGGUCUUCGUGCUGCUCACCACGGCCACCUCCAUUGCCAUAUGGGUGGUGUGGAUUGUCAUGUACACGUACGGCAACAAACAGCGCAACAGCCCCACCUGGGAUGACCCCACGCUGGCCAUCGCCCUCGCUGCCAACGCCUGGGCCUUUGUCCUCUUCUACGUCAUCCCGGAGGUCUCCCAGGUGACCAAGGCCAGCCCAGAGCAGAGCUACCAGGGGGACAUGUACCCCACCCGCGGCGUCGGCUACGAGACCAUCCUGAAAGAGCAGAAGGGCCAGAGCAUGUUUGUGGAGAACAAGGCGUUUUCCAUGGACGAACCAGCCUCAGCUAAGAGACCGGUGUCACCAUAUAGUGGGUACAACGGGCAGCUGCUGACCAGUGUGUACCAGCCCACCGAGAUGGCCCUGAUGCACAAAGGCCCGUCCGAAGGAGCUUACGACGUCAUCCUCCCACGAGCCACCGCCAACAGCCAGGUGAUGGGCAGUGCCAACUCCACCCUGAGGGCUGAAGACAUGUAUGCGGCCCAGAGCCACCGGGCCACCACACCGCCGAGAGACAGCAAGAACUCCCAGGCUCAGUCCCCGCAAAAUAAAACGAGAUGGUAGAAGCCCUCUUCCCUGAGCCACACGUCCAUCCUGAUGUCCUCAUAACUCUGUCUGGGCUGGGCAGGGCCCAGCACCUUUCCCGCCCUUGUCAUUGGAGCUGGGAGGGACCGGAGGCCACCAGCCAGAAGCAGGGGACUGAGUGGGGGCCUGUGAAGCCCUGAGGUGCGUGGCUGGGGCCCUGGGGCCAUUCCCUUUGCCUCUCCUGCGUCCCACGUGACUGAGGCCACAAGGAUCUACAGAACUGCCCAGCCUGCCUCCAUCCCCCGUCGACGCCCUUCCCCUAGUCACAGCCCAUGUGUCCCAUGCUGUGGUUCUCCAGAUGGCCAUCCUCAGAUGCCCUGUCUUCACACCACGGGCCUUCCUGGCUGUCUUGGUGUCCAGCAUCAGCUUGUCCUGCCUGCGCCUACGUGUUUGGAGCCAAGCCCUGGUGGAAGUGGGCUUUCUCAUCAGGGCUUCCUGCUACCACCUGGACCGCGGAAGGCCCCUGAGCUGGGACAGAGCUUGGCCCGAGGCCUGGGCAGACGCUGCUCCCCUUCGUGGCCUGUGGGUGCUGGAUCUUAGCCCCUUUGGUGCUUCCCUCACGUGCCCCCUUAUGCCAUGGCCCCAUGCCUUCCCCACCUGCAAUGAACUGGGGCCCAUCAAGACACAAGGUGGGGUUGGGGCUGCAUCCUCAGGGGCCAGCUGAGAGUCUUGGAUCACAUGGGCUGGGGUCUCAGCUGCUCACAGAACUGGGACUCGUGCCAUGUCCUGCUGGGCAGGUGUACAGAUUUCUGCCUCACCUUGGGCACCGCAAACGUGCUGGCACUCUUCUCUCCCACGACAUGCUCCAGAGGGUCCUGACGGCCACCCAGGGAAGUGGGGGGCAUCCUUUAGGACCCGAUGAUGGUGGUAGCAAGGGCGGAGAUGUGCACAGCUCCAGACUCACGGGAAUGAGAUCUCUGUAGCAUCAUCUCCUGGUUUUGUCCUGCGCUCGGGUACCAGGCAGAGCUGGCUGCCCCAAGGGGGCUUCCCCAGGCGUGCCCCUGGAGCUCUGUGCUCAGCGCAGAGUCACCUCCGGGUGCCCAGGGUGGGGGGAGAGAACAAGAGCAGGGCCCGACCUCACCCUGUGGUCAGCCCACAGCUCUCCAGCACCACCCUCCUGCCCCCAGCAACCUGUGCCUUUGUUACUGGAAUAUUUCUCAGGCCCCACAGAGAGAGUAGGGCCAGACAGCUGCCUGUGACAGCCCCCUACCCCCCAUUGCCACCAUUGACUGAUCAUGUGCUGGGUUGCUUAGCUCCACAAACAGAGUAUUACUUCUCUCUGAUGGAGGGACGAGGGAGCUCUCUGCACCUCAGACUUUUCUUGAUCUAGGUUAGUGGCCCCAAGAUCCCUUACAGUGAAUAAAGGCACUGUCUUGCUUUUUGAAGUGAUAGUCUCAUGUGAGUCCUGGCCUUGCCAGGCGGCCAUGAAGAGCAGCCUGCAGUGAAUGUGGGUUUGUUCGUCUGAGUUCUUUGGGGAUCUGGGUGUUGGCUUGGGAAGGAUGGGCUCCUGAAAGCUGCAGGCCACCCUGGCUCAGGGACACCCAGUGGCCCUGCUCCCUCCAGGCCUUGGCCAAGUGGAGAAGACAGAAGACAGGUGUGUUUUUAGGAGAGAGGUGCCUUACCCCAAGUGGUCCAGCCGCAUCACAAAUGAGCCUGGGAUGGAAAAAACUAGAAGAGGCCAGAACCUAUUGCAGGUAACGUCAGACCAAUACCUUGGUAAAUUUCACACCCACUCUGUCAAGCUGGUUCAGCUCGAAGCAGAGUAGUUUGGACCCUAACUGCUCAGAAUUAAAGGACCUUGUCCUCUGUUACUGAGGAAUUCCUGUCACAGAA